ACUGUAUAAGCCGCUAUCUGCCAGUUGUGUUCCUUUUUUCCUUUUUAAUUGAUCCAUUUUUACACAAAAAGUUUUUAAAGUAAAGUUUGAAGAUGUUUUUCUCCGGGCUGCUGAUUCUUGCCAGUUUGGGUUUGUUCGGUUCCGUUGCGGUGUCUCCCGGUGUGGAGGACGCGUACAGGGCUGUGCUCAGCAUCGUGGCUCCUGGACAGCAGUAUCUGACCACGGAGUCUCUCGGCUCUGUCUUUAAUACACUGGAGAAACGUGUGCAAUGCGGCGAAGUGUCGUGUGAAAAGUGUGAUCUAACAGACGCUGUUCACCAGCUGAUCAGCAACUACUCCACCCAUGGACAGGAUGAAACUGGAAAAGGCAGAAAAAACAUAACUAUAAGUUCAUCUCAGUUCACUGCUCUCGCUGCUGGAUGCAUCCUGUACGUCUCAUCUCCUGGUCUGGUCUGCACCUCAGUGAGGCAGGGGAGGUGGGGACAGGAGGCUGAACAAUUUGUACAUAAAAUCACACAUCAGGGGCCGCACCAUGACCAUGACCAUGACCACAACCAUGAGCACGACCAUGAGCACGACCAUGAGCACAUAAAUGUUCAUGAGUUAAAAGUGCUGCUUCAAGAGCUUCAGGAGCACUAUGAGCCCUCAGACAAAGAGAGCUGUGUAUCAGCCAGCGACAUCAUGGCAGAGGUUAGCACAUCAUUACCAGACCAGGGACAGGAAGUGGGUGCAGUUUUGGGCCGAGUUCUGUAUCACGCCUUGAAGGGUCACUGCUUCAGCCCAUCCCUCCCUGAGGAGAGCUUCUUCCUGAACUACAUCUUGGACCAUCUGGGGUCAAAGAACUUCACCAUUGAGGAUUUGGAGACUCUCAUGACGAGUCUGAACCUUGGACCUGACCACGGACAUGGACACGAACACCAGGAAGAUGAACACGCUGAUCACGAUCAUAGUGGUUUGAGAUGGAGGAAGAGAAGCAGCCAUGAACAUCAUGAGGGUCAUGAAGAAAAUACCACCUGGGAUCAGGUCUGUUUCUCAGCUGAAGAGCUGGUCCUGAUCCACGGUCUUGCAGACAACAGCUCUAGCCUAGGUCGGUCCAACUUGGCCCGGCUCAGCCCUGCGCUCGUCCAGCAGAUCCUGAGCGGAGCAUGUGCAGACAUCACAGAACCACCAACACCAGAUGGGCUCACCGAGAGUGAGAGAUACAUUUAUGCAACCAUUGCCAAUACUUUGAUAACACUGACAUCCCUGUUUGGUAUUGUGGUGCUGCUGUGUACCUCCUGCACCAGUGUGUUCCAGUUGUGUAUCCAGUUUUGCAUCAGCCUGGCAGUAGGUUCACUGACUGGAGAUGCCUUACUGCACCUGAUACCCAUGUUUCUAGGUUUACAUGUGCACUCAGACGACACCGGCCACCAGACGCACUCACAUGACCAUCACCAGGAAGAAACUCCAGACUACAUUUACAAGAUUUUGGUUAUGAUUGGGGGGAUCUAUUACUUUUAUCUGAUGGAGACGAUCUUCUUUCUGAUUGCAUAUAAAGAAAGUCAUCACCAUCAUCAACAUCAUCUUGGGAAAGACUCGGAGCCUCACCACUGUGACCAUGGGAGGGUUUUAGAGAUGUAUCAACAGGAGAGGGAAAAAAAAGCGAAGUCACAGUCAGCACUAAGAGUAGACCUGGUAGACUGUGAAGACGAUGAUAAACCACUUUCAGAGUCAAAAGACCGCACCAGACAACAGCGCCUGCUGCCUUAUAUGAUAACCAUUGGUGAUGGGAUCCACAAUUUUGCAGAUGGAUUAGCGAUAGGCGCAGCUUUCUCCCUGUCUUGGAAGUCUGGUCUGGCCACAUCACUGGCUGUGCUCUGCCAUGAACUACCACAUGAACUGGGUGAUUUUGCCAUUUUGCUCCACAGUGGUAUGUCUGUCCGCAAGGCGUUGCUUUUAAAUAUUGGCAGUGCCAUGACCUCGUUUAUCGGUCUGUACAUCGCUCUGUCUGUGGCCACUGACCUUGCCACCAAACAGUGGAUAGCUGCCAUUACUGCUGGGCUCUUCUUGUAUGUGGGUAUGGCUGAUAUGCUCCCCACUAUGGUCCACAUCAGCAACAAGAGUCCCUGGAAGAUGUUUUUGCUGCAGAACAUUGGCCUUCUGAGUGGGUGGGGUAUUCUGUUGUUGCUGUCACUUUAUGAAGAGAGAAUCAACUUUUAAAAUAUGGACAGUAAAGACUCACUUCUAUUGGUUUAACCUAUGCAGAUUGUAAAAUCUUUGAAUGACAUUCUCAGUGACAUGAUUGGGUGUGUAUGGGCUUACUCAUAAAUAGCCAUGAUAAGACCCCUGGAGUAAAAAGCCUUAAUGAGAAAAUUCACCAUCUUUUAUGUUGAUGUCCAAUCAGUGUUGAUGGUAAAUAUAGUUAACUGACACAAUUAAUUUCUCAUUGGGUGCUUUAUUGACCAAGAAAGCACAGUUCUCCUGCUGUGCAGUUCUCGCAGAGCCGUACUGGUAGUGCCUAUAUGUCCAGUGAUGCAUUGCACGUGAACUUCUGACACCCCUCAAAACCAAAACAUAGCAUUAGCUGACAAAAAUACUCACUCAACGGUCUUCUGACCCCUUGUCACUGCUGGUGUUGUUCGCCUUUUCUUGUUCAACUUCGAGAACCUGAAAGAAGGUUCAUCGCAAUGCUGAAAUCGUCCUCCAUGCUCUUGUGUCUUCUAGAUUAGAUUAUUGUAAUGUUCUUUUCUCUGGCCUCCCUGCAUCUGCUACUCGUAGUCUUCAACUUGUGCAGAACGCUGCCGCUAGAAUUUUGACCAGAACCAGUAAAUACAGUCAUAUAACUCCUGUCUUAGCAUCUCUGCACUGGUUGCCUGUCCAGGCCAGAGCUGAUUUUAAGAUCCUUCUUUUAACUUAUAAGGCAUUACAUGGUCUGGCCCCAUCCUACCUAUCCGAAUUACUCACACCCUAUAUUCCGCCUCGUCCCCUGCGCACUUUGAACUCUCACCUUGUGGUCAUUCCCUCAGUAAAUAAAAAAUCAAUUGGUUGCAGGGCCUUUUCCUACCGUGCACCUUACUUAUGGAAUCGCCUCCCGCUAAAUAUUAAAGAAUCCACUUCCAUUGUCAUUUUUAAAAAAACUUCUUAAAACACACGUUUUUACC